AUGGUUUGGGAAACGCGAGCAAAAACUGUAGUGAUGCUAACUCAGUGCUUCGAAAAGGGCAGAAUCAGAUGUCAUCAAUACUGGCCAGAGGACAACAAACCAGUGACAGUUUUUGGGGAUAUUGUGAUCACCAAAGUUUGUUGAAGAUGUUCAAAUCGACUGGACCAUUAGAGACCUUAAAGUUGAAAGGCAUGGAGAUUUUAUGAUGGUUCGUCAAUGCAAUUUCACUUCUUGGCCAGAACAUGGAGUUCCAGAAAACACAACUGCUUUAAUUCAUUUUGUAAAGAUGGUUAGAGGAAGCAGACCUCACGAAAAUACACCAACAAUCGUACAUUGCAGUGCGGGAGUUGGACGAGCAGGAGUGUUUAUUGCACUGGAUCAUUUAAUCCAACACAUUAACCACCAUGAUUUUGUGGAUAUUUAUGGGCUUGUAGCAGAACUUAGAAGUGAAAGAAUGUGUAUGGUACAAAAUUUGGCCCAGUAUAUAUUUUUAUACCAGUGUGUUCUGGACUUAUUAGCAAGCAAAGGCAGUAACCAGGCCAUCUGCUUUGUUAAUUAUUCUGCCCUUCAGAAAAUGGACUCCUUGGAUGCCAUGGAAGGUGAUGUUGAACUUGAAUGGGAAGAGACAACAAUGUAA